AAACCAUUCCAUGAUUCUGUGGUUGUAUUUAGAUGUGAAAAUCAUUGUGAUUGAUGGAAAUGGGAGCCCCCUGAGCCCUCCAGGGAAUGUGCUGUUAGGCAUUAACAUGGAUUUUAGUUGCAGCUCUAACCCUGUGCUGCCCCAGAGCUGAACCAGUCCCAGUUGUCACUGCCCCCAAAUCUCCUGCCCUGGAGGGACCUGCUGCUGUGGGGCCUGGGCUCACCUGCACGCCAGCGGGCACCAGGAUACUCCCAUUUCCUGGCAGAAGAAGGAGGAAUUUGGCCAUAUAUUUCUUCACGAUCCCGUGGGAUGCUCCUCCUCUGCAGCAGCCACUGUGUGAUCUGUCAGAGGAACCUUUGCCCCUGUAGUGAGGACAACGUGUGAAACUGCUUCCUCUCAGCAUCUGAUAAAGGAUGGGUGAUACCAAAAAAAUUAUCUGGUGUUCCUGUAGGAUUGGGAGUUGUGUGGAAGAGGAGGAGGCCAGAGUAGGUCCUGCUGGCUGGUGACACCCUGGGAAGGCUGUGGGCCAUGGCCUCUGCACCCUCUGGGCCCACAGCAGUUGCUGAUGUAAUUAAAGAUCUAGACACUCAGAUAGCUUUGAUUGGUUUGGGUCCCCACAAUCCCAAGAAGAAGCAGGACCUGGACAAGCUUUAUGACCUAAAAUCUAAAGCCCAGCAGAUUAUGAACCAGUUUGGCCCUUCUACCUUGAUCAACCUCUCCAACUUCUCCUCCAUCAAGCCAGAGCCAGCCAGCACCCCCCCCCAGAGCUCCAUGGCCAACAGCACCACCGUGGCCAAGAUGCCUGGAACACCCAGUGGAGGGGGCAGGCUCAGCCCUGAGAGCAACCAGGUUUUAACCAAGAAGAAAUUGCAGGAUCUGGUGCGUGAGGUGGAUCCCAACGAGCAGCUGGAUGAAGAUGUGGAGGAGAUGCUGCUGCAGAUCGCCGAUGACUUCAUCGAGAGCGUGGUCACCGCCGCCUGCCAGCUCGCGCGGCACCGCAAGUCCAACACCCUGGAGGUCAAAGACGUCCAGUUGCACCUUGAGCGCCAGUGGAACAUGUGGAUCCCGGGCUUUGGUUCUGAAGAAAUCAGGCCCUACAAAAAAGCCUGCACUACAGAAGCUCACAAACAGAGGAUGGCACUGAUCCGCAAAACCACCAAGAAAUAGCCCCUGGGCAGAGCUGGGAGACGCCGCCAGUGCAGUUUGGGAUAUUUUGCCUCUCCACUGAAGCCUCCACGAUGACACCCGUGGGAUGUUUUUUUUUUUUUUUUUAGUGCUUUACAGAGAAGCAUCUAUUUUUUAUUAAUGGUGCAGCAAUAUCUUGACUCUACGAGGAGAUCUGCCAAAAACACUCUCUGCCCCUUUCCUUGUUCCUCCUCAGAGCGCGACGUAUCUCAAGGAGAGACUUUUAUUUGUGACUUGAAAGUGGUUUCUCGUACAAGUGAUUGAUUACCCAAGGGACAGAGCGUUUGGUCGUGUGUGGGACAGUAUUAGAAGCAUCUGUAGAGGUUUUUGUUUCCUCCUUCCUGCUCCAGUACUUUGUAAUGUCAGUGUUUAUAUAAAUACUUGCGUUUGUUUUACAUGAAUAAAGAAAUUAUUAAUCUAA